AUGAACAACGGAGGUGAAAUGAAAUAUGAUACGCCAUUGACAUUCUUACCAUGCACUCAUAGCGUUUUGAAGGACAGUGGUACAGUGAAUGAUGACUACGGCUGUCACUUCGUCACCGGUCAUGAUUCACUGAGAUCUAAUGCGACGCAUAAUAUCAUGAACAAAUUAGGAAUGGGAUUCUUGUUGCCUUUAUUAGCUGUGUAUGGACAACGAUUCAGAAGACAAACACUGCCGUCUCAACAUGUACAGAAAUAUAUUACUGUGAUAUCAUCCGAAUCUCGUAUAGAUUUGACAGAAAGAACUGUUAAUGGAUCAAUAUGGUCAAAUCAUUCUGUUCUAGUUUUUGAUUCGUAUGACACUUUUGUGAACUGCUCCGCUCAAGUGGCUGAAUCAUACCUAACUAUUCAAAAUAGUACUUCAAUAUAUGCUCAAGGAAAUGAUGCCAAUUUUUCUAUGCGAACAAACCGAACGAGGGAUGGUUAUUCUAGCAUAACCCAUGAUCUUGUCGGAGACACCAACGUCUCUGUCGAAAGUAGUGGUCUUCGAGUACAGGGUAUACAUGGUGAUCGAUCAGGUGUGGAGGUCGAUACGUCGUGGUCGAAUCGAGCAACUUCCAUUAAGCUUGCCGCUAACACGCUUUUGAAUGGUGCACGGCAAUUAGUUCUCCUGGCUACAUCGCCCCUUUAUUAUAUUCGUGUUUGUUUCAUCGGUGCGACAAUCUAUGUGGAGUUUGGCGAUAAAAUUGUCGAGAUCGACCACAACUACAGAACGGUCAAUGUGCAUACUGACAAGUACACAGUUAUAGCGAAAAUUAAUGAUAGUUUUUACGAUGAUGCUGAGUGCUGGACUCUCAGCAUCAAAGAAGUCAUUGGGAGCAUUGCCUAG